UGCUCCUUCUGCCACAAGACAUUUCUCUUCAAGUCCAAGUACCACGAACAUCUGCCCGUGCACACGAGCGAGCGACCCUUCCAGUGCCACCUCUGCACCAGGACCUACAAAUACAAGUACGACUUGAGGGUGCACUUGAGGACGCACCUCGGCAUCCCCACCAAAUCAACCACCUGCCCCUUCUGCUGCAGCAAGUUCAACACGAACAAGCAGCUGCGACAACACAUC